GAGAGAGGAAAGACAGAGUGGGGUGGAGAAGAGAACCCGCCGAGAGAGGAGAAGGGUGGAGAAAGCGGCAGAGGAGUGACUCCUGGGUUCUUCUCACUCAACAAAAGGCCUCACUCGAAUCCCCAGACAACACGCGAAAAAAGGGAAUAACAUCUGUUUAUCUGCAUAUUCCUAUGUUCAAAAAACGAGAGGAGAAAAAACACAGAGAUCGACAGAGGACAAAAGACGUCUCAGAGGAUGCAGAAUUAGAAAGAACAAACUGCGUCUGGAGGACCAAAGGGAAAGUAAACCUUUUCUCUGGGAUCCACCAGCGCGGGAGUCACCUCACCUGUACCUUCGGAUUAAAGAGCAGGGUCAUGUCCCAGUUGCCAUGCGCAUCGCCACGCUGACCUGCCUCCCCGGCCCUCCCCCCUUCCUCUUUCUAUUGGCCCAGCUGCUGCUGCGGCUCCUCCUCCCCGGGCCGGAGUCGGUGGGAGCCGCCUCCCCCUGCCCCUCCCUCUGCACCUGCUCCAACCAGGCCAGCCGAGUCAUCUGCACCAGGCAGAACCUGGAGGAGGUGCCCGAAAGCAUAUCGAUCAACACGCGAUACCUCAACCUGCAGGAGAACUCGAUACAGGUUAUCAAGUCAGACACUUUCAAGCACUUGAGGCACCUUGAGAUCCUCCAGCUCUCCAAGAAUCAGAUCCGUCAGAUUGAAGUCGGAGCGUUCAAUGGCCUCCCCAACCUCAACACGCUGGAGCUCUUCGACAACCGCCUCACACUGGUGCCAUCACAUGCCUUCGAGUACCUCAGCAAGCUGCGGGAGCUGUGGCUGCGCAACAACCCCAUCGAGACUCUGCCGGGCUAUGCCUUCCACCGCGUGCCCUCGCUACGCCGCCUGGACCUCGGGGAGCUCAAGAAGUUGGACUUCAUCUCCGACGCAGCCUUCGUGGGCCUCGUUAAUCUACGCUACCUGAACCUGGGAAUGUGCGGGCUGAAGGACAUUCCCAAACUGACGGCCCUCGUGCGUUUAGAGGAGCUCGAACUGUCGGGCAACAGGCUGGAGAUUAUCCGACCGGGUUCCUUCCAGGGCCUGGUGUCCCUGCGUAAGCUCUGGCUGAUGCACUCGCAGGUGUCCGUCAUCGAGCGCAACGCCUUCGACGACCUGAAGAGCCUGGAGGAGCUCAACCUGUCGCACAACUCCCUGCACUCCCUGCCCCACGACCUCUUCACACCGCUUCACCAGCUGGAGAGAGUGCACCUCAACCACAACCCGUGGAUCUGCAACUGUGAUGUCCUUUGGCUUAGCUGGUGGUUGAAAGAGACGGUGCCCAGCAACACCACCUGCUGCGCCCGCUGCCACGCUCCUCCGUUCUUGAAGGGCAAGUACAUCGGGGAGCUCGACCAGAGCCACUUCACCUGCUACGCGCCGGUCAUCGUAGAGCCCCCCACGGACCUCAACGUCACUGAGGGCAUGGCCGCUGAGCUCAAGUGUCGCACGAGCACCUCGACAACGUCCGUCAACUGGAUCACCCCCAACGGCACGCUGAUGACCCACGGCUCGUACAAGGUGCGGAUAUCCGUCCUGCACGACGGCACGCUCAACUUCACCAACGUCACCCUGCGAGACACGGGGCAGUACACCUGCAUGGUCACCAACGCCGCCGGCAACACCACCGCCACCGCUGUCCUAAACGUCACCGCAGCGGACGCCAGCGUGAACUACACCUACUUCACGACGGUCACCGUGGAGACAGUGGAGACCCCGGGAGACGAAGACUCCGCGUUCGCCAGCAAUGAGACAUUCAUCCAUGUUCACCCUGGGCCCACGCCCUCGGGUCACCUGUGGCCAGGAGGCGUUCCUACAACUGCCUCCUCUCUGUCAGCGGGCUGGUCCUCCUCCUCUCCUCAGACCACCCGACCCACCUUCACUGUGCCCAUCACCGAGCCGGGCUUCUCAGGCUUGGAUGACGUCAUGAAGACCACCAAGAUCAUCAUAGGCUGCUUCGUGGCCAUCACCUUCAUGGCAGCAGUGAUGCUGGUGGUCUUCUACAAGCUGAGGAAGCAGCACCAGCUACAUAAACACCACGGCCCGGCUCGCGCCAUCGAGAUCAUCAACGUGGAGGAUGAGCUGGGGGCCGGUGGUCGAGGCAGCGGCAUCUCGGGAGGCUCCACGGUGACGCAGGGCGGAAGCAGCGGAAUAGGAGGAGGCCAGAGCCUCAGGCUGCACCACCCGGAGAUAGUCAACCUGCCGAACUUGGCCCGAUCGGAGCACCUAAACCACUACUACAAAACUCAUCACUUCAACAACAACAUGAUGGGCCUGGGCAUGGGCCCAGGGUCUGGCGUGGGCCUCAACAACAACAACAACCCCUCGCCUUGCUCUCAGAGCACGUCCAUAUCCUGUUCCCAGGUUCCGACCGGUGGAGGAAUGGCCGCAGGUGGCACCCUGCCCUCCUCUGUGGCCCUGCCCCAGUUGGGUCUCCACAGUUCCCUGAAAGGCAUUAUGGGGAAAAGCCAAAAGGAGGCGCUGCUUUUUAAGAGCAGCUCUAAGGAAAAUGUGCAAGAGACUCAAAUUUGAGCAAAUGUGAAAGUUAAAGUGAGAGGUAAGAAAUAACAAAACGCCCGGUAGAGAGAGUGAGACAAAGGGAGCCUGUGAGACCGGGUUCAUGAGACUGAUUGUAGCCUACCGUCCAGAGAAUAUUAUUUUUCACACAGACCCUGCUUUGUGUUGUCAGUCUGUGGACAGAGAGAAGCAGCUAUGAAGACCGAAGGAGGUUUGAGAGUUUGGUGAAUGAUCAGCACUAGUCCCACCAACAGCCUCCGCCCAUGAUUCUAAACUCACUCAGACACAGAAAAACAUACGAUGUGAGCCACAAUAGAGUCGUUCCGUUUGCCGCGCAGCCUGCUACAGUGUUCUCCAGAGUCAAGAUCAAACCAACGUGUUUCAUUUGGCCUCCACAAUCAAAGUGGAAAGCUGUGAAACGAGCAAUGAGCCUCUCUAGGUUUUUUUUUUCCUCACACAUAUAUUUCCAGAUACAUCGGGUGUAUAUAUAUUUGGAGGGGAGACACACUAUUGUCCGUAGAACACGUUGUCAGAUUAGUGUUUGGCAGAGAAACCCGAACGGGCAAACAAUGGUUUGGGCGAGCGGAACGGUCCCGGGUUUCCAGGAUGAACUAAAACAAAAACCCCGGGAAGCUAAAUUAGAGCAAUGCAGCAAUUCUGUCCGCGACACUGAGUAAUAUAUUGCUGGGAGAUAGAACAACAACUGGUAUUUUCUUCAGUUUCACUCUCACUUUCUCAAUUCCCCCCCCCCCCCCCCCCACCCCCC